UUUUUCUGACUUGUUUCUCGCUGAGCUCAGCGGAGAGGAUGCUCGCGUUCCGGCUCAACAAGUCCCCUUCCUCAUUUCUCACACAGUAACUGUGGAUGGCUGCGGAAUGGAGAUAGCCUUGGUGAGUUUUGAGAACGGCGGCGCCAAAGGGAGCGGUGGAGGUGGUGGAGGAGGUGGAGGAGGAGGCAACAAUGCCGAGGAGAGCUGCCGGAACGCGCUGGAUGUCCCUCAGCCGGGCUUCGUCCAAACUGGACUCGGGGAGGACUUCGGUAAGGAGCUGAACACCCGGGGGAGCCCCCAGCGCUCCACCACCUCCCCCCCCCACCACCACCACCACCACCACCCCCUGCCCCCCCAGCAGCAGCAGAGCUCCUGGAAGAUCAACGACAUGAACAACACUUUCAGCUGCAGCGAGAACGCCAUGGAUGCGCUUUUACGCGCGGACCACAGUCCCCAUCUGUUCGACGAGGACAUGCUGGACAUGGACAUGGACACGGAGAGCAACGAGAGGGUCCUCAUCAACAUCGCCGGGCUCAGGUACGAGACCCAGCUGGGCACCCUGAACCAGUUCCCGGACACGCUGCUCGGGGACCCCGCCAAGAGGAUUAAAUACUUCGACCCGCUCCGGAACGAGUACUUCUUCGAUCGCAACAGACCGAGUUUCGACGGGAUUUUGUACUUCUACCAGUCCGGCGGGAAGAUCCGGAGACCCGUCAACGUGUCCAUCGACGUGUUCGCGGACGAGAUCCGGUUCUACCAGCUGGGGGAGGAGGCCAUGGAGCGGUUCCGGGAGGACGAGGGCUUCAUCAAGGAGGAGGAGAAGCCGCUGCCCCAGAACGAGUUCCAGAAGCAGGUCUGGCUCAUCUUCGAGUACCCGGAGAGCUCCAGUCCGGCUCGGGGCAUCGCCAUCGUGUCCGUGAUCGUCAUCACCAUAUCCAUCAUCACCUUCUGCCUGGAGACGCUGCCGGAGUUCAGGGACGAGAGGGAGCUUCCGGUGACCAGCCGGCUGGACAACAGCACGGCGCCGAGACCCUCCCUCACCUUCACAGACCCCUUCUUCAUCAUCGAGACCACGUGCGUCAUCUGGUUCACCUUCGAGCUCUUCGUGCGCUUCUUCGCGUGUCCCAGUAAGUCCGAGUUCUCCAAGACGGUGAUGAACAUCAUCGACAUCAUGUCCAUCAUGCCUUACUUCAUCACAGUGGGCACGGAGCUGGCGGAGCAGCAGGGCCAGGAGCACCAGAACGGCCAGCAGGCCAUGAGCCUGGCCAUCCUGCGGGUCAUCCGCCUGGUGCGGGUCUUCCGCAUCUUCAAGCUCUCCAGACACUCCAAGGGGCUCCAGAUCCUCGGACAGACGCUCAAGGCGAGCAUGCGCGAGCUGGGGCUGCUGAUCUUCUUCCUCUUCAUCGGAGUCAUCCUCUUCUCCAGCGCCGUCUACUUCGCCGAGGCGGACGAGCCGGAGUCGCACUUCACCAGCAUCCCGGACGCCUUCUGGUGGGCCGUGGUGACCAUGACCACGGUGGGCUACGGGGACAUGAGGCCGGUGACGGUCGGGGGGAAGAUCGUGGGUUCUCUGUGCGCCAUCGCCGGCGUGUUGACCAUCGCGCUGCCGGUUCCCGUCAUCGUGUCCAACUUCAACUACUUCUACCACCGGGAGACGGACCAGGACCAGUCCUCGCUGAAGGACGAGCCCAACAGCGGCCGGGCCAGCCCCGAGCUGAAGCGGAAGGGCAGCAAGUCGUCCAACAAGUCGCAGGACGCGGAGAAGGAGGACGCGGGCGCCUCGGUGGAGAAGGCGAACAUCAAGGCGAACAGCAGCAUGGACUUCAAGAGAUCCCUUUACGCGUUCUGCCUGGACACCCGGGAGACGGACCUGUAGUCCUGCAGCCUGCUGCACACUUCUCUCAAAAACAUUCAUAGUUGUUUAGAAUAAACCCCCAUUAAUGGGCUCUUAAGUCUUUGCACAUAGAGGAUCAACACAUCGCAAUCCUGAAAAGUUUUAAGAGCGACGGGGUUGAUUUAUAAAAAGCACAUUUUAAUCCCCCUCAUCUGCUCCGUCAGCGGGACGGAGCGGCGAGAUGCAACUCAGAGGCCCUUUAACGCACCGAAACAGCCAAGAGGAAACAUUAAACCUGCACAAACACACACAGAAACACACACAGAGCGGGAAAACUACUUGAGUUGAGAGGAUUAAACAGGAGACAGACUCUUGUACAUAAAGAGAAGUGUUCAGUCGUGCAACAGCGUUAAAAAACAACAUAAAAAAAGCCAAAUUUUAUUUAUUUUUCGUACCUUCCUGUCAUUUAGUCAUUAUGUUUACGCUGAAAAGCUGCAGCACGUGUGUACAGAGCUGCUGCUGCUGUCUGCUGGUCUAAAGACUCCUGGUUUCUGUGUCCACUCAGGGUCUGUCAGCAGGAGAAACCUUCUCACAGGACCUAGAGAUGUUUCAGCCUUGUUUCAUCAUUUCACCUUGAACUAAAGAAGAACUUUUUAGAGUUUUUUGCUUGUGUUUUUUUUAAGAAAAAGGACAUCAUUUGGAAGUAACGUGAGGGAAUGACAGCCAAGAAACGAGGACAGAGCAGAGACCGUCUGGAGAGAUCAGCACCACGGACACCAGAGAGUUGACGCCCUGCCCUCCGAUCAUCAGGAGAGUCGAUCCGCCCGCCGGACCCUCCGCCAGGACACACACA